CUAUACUGAAGCCAUUCGGUAUUUUUCUGAGGCUCUUAAACUUGAUCCUUCAUAUAUUCAAAGCUAUAUUUGUCAAGCAGAAGCUUAUCAUAAGAGGACAAUAUCUUCUUAUGAUGAAAUGUUAUGAUCUUGCAAAGUUCACUAUUUAUCAAGUAGCAGACAUGAACAAAGGUCUCAUUGAGUUGAGUCCUAUACAGCAAGCACUUAUUUAUUCAUUUUGUGAAAAUCAUGACAAAGCCAUUCAGGUCUUGGAUGAGGCCACUUUGAAUAGGCCUGACAUCACCAUGAUUACUCUAUUAGCAAAAGCCCAAAUGAAGGCCAAGAGAAAUAAGGAAGCUGUGAGACUGUUUAAAAGGGCGUUGGAUGUCUUUUCUCAUUCCGAUAAAGGACCAAAUGCCUUAGAGGCGGCAGUGGACUCCCUGUAUAACUUGGGCCUUUGUUACAUGGAUGAAGGCAACUUACAAAUGGCUUUUGAUUCUUUUACAAAAGCUGUGAGACUAAAUCCUGAAUUUGCAGAAGGCUUUCAUCAACGUGGGGUUUGUAAAGUAAAACUCAACAAGGAUAACGCAAUCCUGGAUUUAAAUCGUGCAAUUACCCUCAAUCCAAAACAUUAUGAGGCCUAUUUAAGCCGAGUAGCCUUCUAUGGUUUGAAAGGCAGAUACUCCAAAGCAAUCCUGAAUUGUAAUGAGGCCAUCAGAAUUUACCCUCAGAGUGUGCGAGCUUACAUCUGCAGAGGGGUUCUGAAAUACUACAACAAGACUUAUAAGCUAGCGAUUACAGAUUUAACUACAGCUAUCAACAUGGACAAAAACAGCUAUAUAGCAUUUUACAACAGAGCAUUGUGUUACACCAAGAUAAGUGAACUUCAAAUGGCAUUAACAGAUUAUGGAAUUGUGCUUCUUCUUGAUGCUGGAAAAUCAGUGACAUUAAAUACUUUCAUUAAUCGUGGACUCAUCUAUGUAGAACUAAAGCAGCACAGUUUCGCUCUAGAGGAUUUUAAACAGGCGGCAUUAAUGAGCAAGACUGACGUGAGCCUUUGUCAAGCUACCGCCAUGUGCUAUCACAGAAACAAAGAGUUUGAAGAUGCUGUCAAUUUCUUCACCCAGGCUCUUAAUAUUAAUCCUUGUUUUGUGGAUGCUUACGUUGGACGGGGAAAUUCUUACAUGGAAUAUGGUCACGAUGAGGGUACCAAAGAAGCACAGAAGGACUUUCUGAGAGCAUUACAUUUCAAUCCAACAUAUACAAAAGCCAGAAUUUGUUUAGGCUACAAUUUGCAGGCCCAAGGAAAAUUCCAGAAAGCUUGGAACCACUUUACCAUUGCCAUAGAAAUUGAUCCAAAGAGCUACCUAGCCUAUGAAGGAAGAGCAGUGGUCUGUCUUCAGAUGGGUAAUAAUUUUGCUGCAAUACAAGAUAUUAAUAGUGCCAUAAAGAUCAAUACUACAGCAGAAUUGUUAACAAAUCGUGGUGUGAUUCAUGAGUUUAUGGGUCAGCAACAAAAUGCAAUGAGAGACUAUCAAGCAGCAAUUUCUUUAAACCCCACGUACUCACUGGCUUACUUUAACGCAGGAAAUAUCUACUUUCACCACAGGCAGUUUUCCCAGGCCAGUGACUACUUUUCAAAGGCUUUAAAGUUUGAUCCAGAGAAUGAAUGUGCUGCCAUGAAUCGAGCUAUUGCAAAUACGAUACUAAAGAAGUUUGAAGAAGCAGAAGAAGAUUUUGCAAAUGUGGUUAAGAGCUGUCCCUUUUGGGCUGCAGUAUAUUUGAACAGAGCACAGUUCUACUGUUGUUUAAAGCAAUAUGAACUAGCUGAGGAAGACCUAAGUAAAGCUCUGUCUUUGAAGCCUAAUGAUGCUCUGGUAUAUAAUCUUAGAGCAGAAGUUCGUGGUAAAAUAGGUGCGAUUGAGGGAGCUAUGGCUGACUAUAACCAAGCACUGGAUCUUCAAGAAUAUGCCCAGUGA